AGAAAUCAAAUUAAUCACUCUCAGUUUCGCUCACUCUCGUUCUCUCCUCCGCCACCCACCCACCGCCGUUCUCUGCCUCUCUCACACUCUCACUCUCUCUCUCGUCUCGGCCUCUCUCUUCCGGCCGCCGCCGCCACCUCCGGUCGUCCUCGCCCGGCCCCGCGGCUCCUCCGCCCGCAGCAGCAACAGCUGCCAACGUACAACAGCAGGUAUUGAAGACUGAGGUUUGAGACAAAUCCACUGGUUUCGGAGGAACUGCAAGAACAAAGGAAGGAUUUUUGGUUAAAUUUAGUGAAAUGGCAAACAGCAAGUACGAGUAUGUCAAGUCAUUUGAGGUGGAGGAUGAGAUCAUGCUUCCCAACAUCAUCAUUGUCCGUGUUGAUGCCCGUGAUUUCUGCAGGUUUUCUGAAGUGCACGAGUUUGAGAAACCAAAUGAUAAGAAAGCAUUGGAGUUGAUGAAUGAGUGUGCAAAGGCUGUUUUGGAGCAGUUCCCAGAUGUUAUAUUCUCUUAUGGCUACAGUGAUGAGUGCAGUUUCAUAUUCAGAAAGGAAACCAAGUUCUAUCAACGGCGCGGCAGCAAGAUACUCUCCCUUAUUGUAUCUUUUUUUACAUCCACUUAUGUCACCAAGUGGAGGUCUCUUAUCCCUCAGAAGGAUUUAAAAUAUGCCCCUUCAUUUCGGGCUCGAGUUAUUUGCUGUGCGUCCAUGGAGGUUCUUCAAGCAUAUCUUUUAUGGCGACAAUAUGAAUGUCACAUAAAUAACCAAUAUGAUACCUGUCUUUGGCAGCUGAUUAACAGUGGAAAGACAAGAGAGGAAGCAGAAGCCACAUUGAAGGGGUCUCUUAAACAAGACAAAAAUGAAUUGCUUUACCAGUGUUUUAACAUUAACUACAAGAAAGACAUUCCGGAGAUGUUUCGCCAAGGUACAUGCACUCUCAAGACAGAGGUUGAAGAUAUUGUGAAGUACAAAGAUGAUGGCUGUCCUGUCAAAAGACGAAGGAGGAAGGUCAUAACAGUUCACUCAGAAAAUAUUGCAUCAAAAAGAUUUUGGAAUGAAAAAUUGUGCCUCCUGAAAGAGCUGGGCCAAUUUACUGAAGAUUUAAACAAAACUAGACCUGAGUACAUUAAGUCUUUCCAAUAUGAAAGCAGAUUGAUGUUGUCCACCUGGAUUGUUGUUCGUGUUGAUGGCUGUCAUUUCCACAGGUUUUCCGACGUUCAUGAAUUUGAGAAGCCAAAUGAUGCACAAGCGCUCGAUCUGAUGAAUGCAUGCGCCAUUGCUGUACUGGAAGAGUUUAGGGAUGUUGUUUUUGCUUACGGUGUUAGUGAUGAGUACAGCUUUGUUUUGAAGAAAGACUCCCAGCUAUAUCAAAGAUGCGCCAGUGAGAUAGUUUCUGCUAUUGUAUCCUUCUUUUCUUCAACGUACACUAUGAGAUGGAAUGAGUUUUUUCCACAAAAAGAGAUGAAAUACCUACCGUAUUUUGAUGGCCGUGCUGUUUGCUACCCUUCCUGUGAGAUUAUUAAAGAUUAUCUAGCAUGGAGACAAGUUGAUUGUCAUAUCAACAAUCAGUACAAUACUUGCUUCUGGUUGCUUGUGAAGUCCGGAAAGAGCAAGAGUGAUGCACAAAGUUAUUUGAAGGGGACACAAACUCAGGAGAAAAAUGAACUUCUUGAUCAACUUUCUGGAAUCAUCAACUAUUACAACACGUUGCCACCAAUGUUUCGCCUGGGUUCAUCCGUUUACUGGGACAAAGAGACAAAGAUGGUGGACGACAAAGAAGGCGCUGCUGGUAAGUCGCGCAGGAUAGUAGUUGUAAGGCAUUGCAACAUAAUCGAGACAGGCUUUUGGGAGGCGCACCCUCACAUACUAGAUGAUAAUCGUUUCAAAGCUGUUCAAAGGGCUACUGUAUGAAAAUGGUUCGAGUGGAUCCGCCAUGAAACUACCUCAGUGGCCAGUUUUUGGUUUCAGAGUUAGGUAACAGUUUACUUUGUGAAGGAAAAGAUUCAUCUACUUUGAAAUUUUGCUUGUUGCAUCAUCUGUUAUUGCGGUAUGAUUAGCAUAUGCACGAAUGGACUAGGAAUUGAAUGGGCAUAUCCCUAUUUUGUUUGGCACACUCUUCAUAAUUUAAUCUAUUAUUGAACUUGAUGGAAAUUUGAUUUA